CUCUUACCGACUGAGGACGAAAACAUGGCGGCCUCCUUGCGUUUGGGUCGUCAAGGAAUUCUAUUUGGCCUGAGAUUUGCAAAGCUUAAAAAGAAAUCAUGGACUUCAUAUUCGUUUCAGGACAAUGUCAGGCAGUUCUUUCAAUCGCCAUAUUUCUUUGGUGCUGCACCAGUCAAAGUGGAGAUGCCUGCUCUCUCUCCCACCAUGGAGGAGGGAAACAUCGUCAAAUGGUUGAAGAAAGAAGGUGAUGCGGUAGCGGCUGGCGAUGCGCUCUGUGAGAUUGAGACGGACAAGGCCGUGGUUACCCUGGAGUCCAGUGACGACGGCGUCCUGGCCAAGAUACUGAUGGAGGAGGGCAGUCGUGCCGUGCGUCUGGGGACUCUCAUUGCCCUCAUGGUGGAGGAAGGGGAGGACUGGAAGACAGUGGAGAUCCCGCCACCUGUGGCAGCCACCCAAGCAACUCCUGCUCCGGCAGCCCCCACUGCACCCCCACCACAUCCCCCCAGAGCAGCCUCCACAGGACCGUUGCGGUUGAGCCCGGCAGCCAGACACAUCCUGGACACACACGGUCUGGACCCCCAGCUGGCCACCCCCACCGGACACAGGGGCAUCAUCACCAAGGAAGAUGCCCUUAAUCUCCUGAAGAAGUUCCCUGAUUCCAAGACAACUCCAGUUACAGCAGCCCCAGUGGCAGCAGCCCCCAGUCCAGUCGGCACCCCAGCAGCUGCCCCACUUCCCCCAGGCAGCAGGCCCAUGUACCCCCCUCAAUCCAUACCUGGCAAGCCUGGAGCUCCGGGCACCUACACAGAGGUCCCGGCCUCUAAUGUGCGGCGUGUUAUCGCCCAGAGGCUGACGCAGUCCAAGACCUCCAUCCCUCACGCCUACGCCACCAUCGACUGUGACCUGGGCGCUGUCAUGCAGCUCCGCAAGGAGAUGGCCAAAGCGGAAAUCAAAGUGUCCGUCAAUGAUUUUAUCAUCAAGGCCGCUGCUGCUACGCUUAGAGAGCUGCCGGAGGUCAACGUGACCUGGUCGGGGGAGGGGCCUCAGGCGCUGGACUCCAUUAGCAUCUCCAUCGCUGUGGCGACCCCAAAGGGCCUCAUCACCCCCAUCAUCACGAACGCUGCUGACAAGGGGGUGCAGGAGAUCUCAGCUAAUGCCAAGGCACUGGCCCAGAAGGCUCGAAAUGGGAAGCUGCUUCCUCAUGAGUACCAGGGAGGUUCCUUCAGUAUUUCUAACCUGGGAAUGUUUGGCAUCAGUGAGUUCAGUGCGGUGAUCAACCCUCCCCAGGCGUGUAUCCUGGCUGUGGGAACAUCAAGGGCUGUGCUGCAUCUGACCGAAGAGACCGGUGCCCUGAGCACCCAGCAGCUGAUGACCGUCACGCUGUCCAGCGAUGGGCGCCUUGUGGACGACGAGCUGGCAUCACGCUUCCUGGACAAGUUCCGUGCCAACCUGGAGCGGCCACAGCGCAUGACACUGAACUGAGAGGGGGAGGAAGAGGAAGUGAAAGAGAGCAAGGGAAACAAUUCCAUCUUGAAGCCUAUUUCAUGCGUGUAAGAGAAGAGGUCAGACAGUUAAUUUAAGUAAAUUUGAACUAAAUGACCAUUGUCAAUGCACAUUUCAAUGUUAGGUGUGCUAUUGGCCUGUACAUAGUAUAUAGUCGUUUUGACUGUUUAUGACCUAUGCUAUGUCCGGAUCAUCACUCCUAAGGCUUUGGAGGUGUGUAAGUGUACUAUUGCUGCAGAGGGUUAUGUUCUGUAGUGGAGCCCCAGAUAAAUGUUACCAUAACAGGGUACGUCUCAGUUAACCUGAGGGAGGUGGGAGCUGCAUGGGAGCUAUUCUAACACACCAUGUUGGUAUCUAAAGUGGCUAUUCCAGUCCCAUAUAUCAAGUCCCAAUGCAACGACCCAUGUCACAAUUAGUUCUCAUUCUUUCACCUGGAUAAUUCUAACAUGUUUUUGUACUUUUCUUUCGUGUUUAUUAUGGGCCAUCAAAGCACUGCAUUUCUUCUGUGCAACUCAUUCUACCCCUGACGGAGUGAGUGGCACUUUGAAAUUCCUCUGAACAUUCUGACUGUUGUGAUUUUUGGGUCUCCUGAUAGGUUGAGGAAAGCAAAGAAGUCCACUGAUAUCUCUCACGAUUGUGUGUAUGAAAGGUUUUAACUUAUUUAAAUACAAAUGUAGUCUAUCAUAACCAUCCCCAAAACAGAUAUAUAUAUAUAUAUAGACAAAGCAAACCAAUAAAUUGCAUUCAACUCACAAAAGGCCUACUGUUCUGUGUUUUAUUUACCAAUGUCUCCUUCAUCCUGUCUUAUAUAAUCCUCUCCAGUGUAAAUACAGAUGUGUCUGGGUC